AUACACGAAAACUUGGUUCGUCGUAAAAUAAUUUAUCUGGUGUUCCAUGUCACUUUAACGAUCUGGGUUUGCUUGGUUAUGCCUGGGAAAGUUUGCUGAGCGUUAUAUCGUCAGCCAUUGAAUUCCCCCGUAGAGUAGGUGGAAUCUUGUGUACGGGCGACCCAACAUGGGGUCACCUUUCCUGUUUGAAGCCUUUGUAGACUCUUUUCAGGGAGAUUAGGUUCUUUUGUCAAAGUGGAUUUUGGUGUAGUCGGUCUUUGGCAGCUUGUGUUUCCACUUCGCCCGCCUGCCAACCAAAUAUUUAGCGACAGAUGACAGUGACAGGCAGGGUGUUGGUUGCCAUUCAUUGAUAAGAGAUAAAGUCGGUGAAGGCGGCUGUCAAACGCAGAUAAAACUAACAAUAACGGUCUAAACUUGACAAUGUAGCGGGAAGAAGCUCUGCAGCUGUUCGGUUAUGGAUACGGUGCGUUGAUCUCACGGCUGGGGGACUGAAGUGUUUCUCCGAGUGGACUUAAUCAACAAGAAAUACCUUAUCAAUUACUGAAUCUGACUAAAGGAAAUACCUGUAUUUAUUUUAGCUUUCGACAAUUUUAGCCAGUAUCCUGUCAACCAGGACGAUGCGGCUUUUAAUUCGCAUGUCAAGGUGCACACAUGGAGUGCAGUUGUCUAAACUGAAGCUAACACAGCCGAGGAUGUUAUGGCUGGAGCACCGGCUCACCCUCCCAGCUGCCUUCCGCAGGAAGAGACAGUCGACCGGUGUCAAGUCAUCGGUUCACCCGCCUCCUGCCUUCCCUCUCUCCUCACCCAGAGCCAUCACAUCUGUCCGGCCUAGCAGUCCACUCAGAGGUCUCUCUGUGCUCUGCUCACACUCUGACACAGGCCGAGCACGGACACUCUCACACGCACCUGUUGCCUUUGCCAGCUCUUCAGCCGCCUCCGCACCGACACCAGCCGAAUCCGUGAAGACCCAGACGGACACGGAGAGAGGCCAAACACCGACCACGGUCCCUCUGGAGGACGUUAAAAGGAUUUUGCAACUUGCUCAUCCGGAGCGAUGGAGUCUUGCAGCUGCUGUGGGCUUCCUAACUGUCUCCAGUGCAGUGACUAUGUCAGCUCCAUUCCUCCUGGGUAAAGUGAUUGACACCAUUUACACUGGUGGAACAGAUGCAGAGACAAUGAUCGCCUCCCUGACCUCAUUAUGUUUAACGCUAACGGGAGUGUUCCUGUGUGGUGGGGCAGCCAAUGCUGCCAGAGUCUACCUCAUGCAGACCUCAGGCCAAAAGAUUGUUCGGAAUCUCCGUGCCUCCGUCUUCACCUCCAUCCUCAGACAGGAAGUGGCUUUUUUUGACAGGACUAGGACCGGCGAGCUUAUCAACCGCCUCUCUGCUGACACGGCGGUGGUGGGCCGCUCCAUCACUGACAACCUGUCAGAUGGGCUGAGAGCUGUUGCCCAGGCAGCUGCUGGUGUCAGUAUGAUGUUUUAUGUGUCCCCCAGUCUUGCAAGCUUUGUGUUGCUGAUUGUUCCUCCCGUGGCCUGUCUUGCUGUGGCCUAUGGCAGAUACCUUCGCUCCAUCUCUAAACGCACCCAGGAUGCACUCGCACAAGCCACACAGUUGGCAGAGGAGCGUAUCAGCAACAUGCGGACAGUGAGGGCUUUUGGUAAAGAGCUGUCAGAGGUCAACACGUACACAAAGAAGACAGACCAGGUCUUCAGUCUGGCCAGGAAGGAGGCCGUACUAAGAGCUGGUUUCUUUGGAGUGACUGGUCUCAGUGGUAACAUCAUGAUCCUGUCAGUGCUGUACAAAGGAGGCCUUCUGAUGGCCAGCCACCACAUGAGUGUGGGAGAGCUCUCAUCGUUCCUCAUGUACACCUUCUGGGUCGGCAUCAGUAUUGCAGGUCUGAGUUCAUUUUACUCUGAGCUGAUGAAGGGUUUUGGAGCAGGAGCGAGACUGUGGGAACUCAUGGACAGAAAACCUGAGUUUCCUCUGAAUGAAGGCCUAGUGCUGCCUCCAGACCAGCUGAAGGGUCAGCUGGAGUUCUGUGAUGUCUCCUUUGCUUACCCGACCCGAAAGGAGGCUCCUAUUUUCCAGAACCUUAAUCUGCUGGUCCCUGCCGGAACCAUUAUGGCAGUGGUGGGGCCCAGUGGUUCUGGAAAAUCAACCCUGGUAUCACUGCUGCUCAGGCUGUAUGAUGCUGAUGCUGGGAUCAUCUCCAUAGAUGGUCAUGACAUCAGAGAUCUGAAUCCCUAUUGGCUCAGGAGUAACAUUGGAACUGUCAGUCAGGAGCCUGUGCUGUUUUCUUGCUCUAUCAGAGAUAAUAUAGCAUAUGGCGCAGUGGACCCAGACGCUGUGACCACAGAGGACAUCUACAGUGCAGCCAGAGUGGCCAACGCUUAUAAUUUCAUCCAGGAUUUUCCCAAGGGCUUUGACACCAUCGUGGGGGAGAAAGGAGUGCUGUUGUCAGGUGGUCAGAAGCAGAGGAUAGCCAUCGCUCGAGCUCUGCUCAAGAAUCCGAAGAUCCUGCUUUUAGACGAGGCCACCAGUGCAUUGGAUGCUGAAAAUGAGUUGCUUGUCCAGGAAGCCUUGGAGCGUCUGAUGGAAGGCAGAACAGUUGUGGUCAUUGCUCACCGUCUGUCCACCAUCCAGAAUGCAAAUGCCAUCGCCGUACUGGACCAGCAGCGUGUAGCCGAGUGUGGCAGGCACACAGAGCUGCUGGGCAACAGGCAAGGACUGUUCAGAAAGCUGAUGGAGAAGCAGGCGUUUCUGCAAGAAGAACAGAAACAAGCACUACGCUGAAAGGACAAGGAGUACAGAUGAGUAGAAGAGGAAGAGGGAAAAAUUAGAAGGCGAAAUCAGUGGCUGGACAAAACUGGCUUUGCUCCAGAUAUGGGUUGGGAGGGGGGGCAGGGAAGAAAUAAAAAAAGAUAUUGCCUGGAAUGGGUGGAAAUGGUUGAAAUCUGAAGGAAAGCUGAACUUUUCACAGAACUUCAGAUAAACAGUUGAGAGA